UGGUUUAUCUCUCUGGCAUGUAGACUCCAGGGUUGCCAGAUCUCAAAGAGAAAAAAAAUGAAGCAACAGACCUAUCACAACGAACCAACUGAGGUGGGCGAUGUGGGAGGGGAACAAUCGAUCCAAACAACGAAGGCGCCGAGUACUAGCCAAUCAGAAGCAGAGUAGGUUAGUCCGACUUGGUCUUGUUGUUUAAAAAAAUACUGGCUCAACAAGACGAAACAAAUUGCAGUCAUCCUGAAAAAUUAACCACACAUUCUAAUCAACCCAAAAACGUGAUACACUGGCAUUAAAACAUGGGAACAGCCCUUCAUACCUGAGAAUCAAAAUGGCGUACAUGGCCCCGCCCUGGUAAAACAGACCCCGCUACCUGUCAGGCUGGGCACGCCCUGGUCAUCGCUGGUGUACUCACGUACGAGGAAGUGGGGGCGUUGGAGCUGGGGGUCCAUUAGUAUUUUAGUAUAACAGGAAAUGUUACGCAGGAGCAUUUUUACUGUUAACCAGGAGCGGUGACAUGUGGUUAAAACUUAUAAAUCUUCGACGUGAGACAGUCAGGGACAGCAUGUCCAUAGCCACUGUCUGUCUUCGCGUUUUAUUUCUGACGAGCGUUUUCUGCACUUUACCAGGUGUCCAAACACUGACCAUCACUCCUGACAAAGGCAGCACAUUCAACAUUAGCAAUCGUCAGGUCAAAGGCUGCCAGGUCUGCAGUGGAACAGGCAAUGCAAAGCUAUGUGGUGCGUUUCUGUAUAUAAAAGACAACUCUCCCACUUCAGUUAACUUUGGCUGUUCCAGACCUCAGGAUGUAUUCACAGUGGAAAUUAGCCGCACUAUUGACUGCUCCACUAAGGCAUGCAGUGGUCACAUUAUCCAGACCGACGCAGGAUCAAAUCCCUUCUUGGAUUUUAAGCGCAAGUUUACCUGGAUCCUAAAAGCUGAAGCACCAAAAGCUUUUAAAAUCAGCUUCACUGGGACAGGUCUAAGACAGAUUAAUCCAUCUGAGAGUUGUCCAGAUAGACUGAGCUACACCCUCCAGGCCGCUCAGUCCACGGGAAUAGUGACUGUUGGCAAAUACUGUAGGACUGGUGCCAUCAGGAGCGCUCAGAUACUGAAAUCGGGCAGCUUUUCUCUGGAGAUACCAGCAGGGCAGAGGCUGCCGAGUGGCCAGUUUGAUGUGUAUGUGGGGGAGGAAAUCAAAUCUCUUGCCAAAGUCACGCUGAGGUUACCUUCAGGAACAUCAACCUCAGAACUGCUCUCUCCAAACUACCCUGACAGCUUUCCUGAUGAUGAUGUCAUGGAGUGGCAUGUUGAGGUUCCAGAUAAACACAAAACAACACUAAGGUUCUCAAACCUCACAGAGCCCAGUUGUCUGAAGAAGGAGACGGCAGUGGAGUACCACAUCGCAGGCAGAGCAGCCCUGGUGCUGCGGCUGAGUGAACCCCAGCAGGAACAAAUAAUGGGGGACUUCACCAUGAUUCUAAGGAACUGUGAGAUGGACAGAAGACGGCUUGGGUCUUCAGGACUUAAAUUGAAUGUGCAGGUGUCGACUUCGAGGACAGAUGUACCAGUGAUGUGUAAAGUGGAUCUAAGCAAAGUGGACGGAUUCCUCCUCUACAUUCAGAAGCUGAGCUCAACCUCUGGCUGUGAGAUGAAAGUUAACUCUGUGACAGCAGACAGCAUCACUGUCACAUCAAAAAGUGAACUGUCUUUUAAGGGCUGUCUUCCUACGGAUGUACGAGUCACCGCCUCAAAAAUCAUAGCAUGUCGUCAACUCAAAGAUUGUCCAAAGCCUCCUGUCCGCCUCUUGUUGCCUACGCUACCAAGCUGCCUCCCUGCUCCUCUGAGCAGCGUGACCUGGAUGCUGCGUCCUCCAAUUCACGGCACAGUGGAGCUGACCGCACCCACCGGACCCUUAAUGCAGGUCUUACCUGAGCAACCCUGCAACGACAGCAUCCUCAUCGAAGUGGCAGAAGAAGAUGGAGUGAGGAUUGGACAAUUCUGCCCCCAGGGAGUCAUACAGAAGAUCCAAAUCCACACCAACAUGUCUGUCACUGUGUCCCGCACAGGCAGCAACACACUGAGGACAUCUUACAGGAACGUGCUGGAUGCCUGUUUCAAGGAGGAGAUAUCAGAAAGAUACAUAUUCACAGUUUCUCCAAAGAAAGACACACCUGUGCUGUUGGCCACUCCUGGUUGGCCGGUUGGAAUGAAGCCUUACUCCACCGUCUCCUGGAUUGUCUCCGUGCCCCCAAGGAUGGAAGCGCACCUUAUGUUUGACAAACUCAGCCAACCCAAAUGCACCAACCGCCACACAAACAUCAGGGUGCAGAGAGUUGGCAGCCGGGAGGAGGACUACAGCAGGAGGGAGGACGAAGAGGCGGAGCAAGAGAUUGUUGUUCCUGCGAAGUUCUACCUCAACAUGUCCAACUGUCUGCCCGAAAAAGGACACUUUAGCCUCAUCACUAAGAUCACACUGAAAGACUGCAAAAAUCUCCUGCUGACCGUUAUCCUGAGUGUGGUGGCUGCCCUGCUGGUGGUUUCAAUGAUCGUUCUGGUUGUGGUCUGUGUGGUGAUCAGGAAAAAGAAGAAGGCGCUGAAGGAGCAGGUGUCCAUCUACAAUCCUAACGGCACCAUCUUCCUGCCAGGACACACCAACUUCCCAAAAUCACGUGCGGACAACGAGUCCCACGUGUACGAGUCCAUAGAGGACACUCUUGUCUACACUCACCUGCUGAGGAAGGGGAUGGAGAUUGGCGUUUACGGAGAGACGGAUACCUACAACUCCUUCACAGGACACACGGAGUCACAGAAGCCACUGGUCUCCAAAGGCUCAGACGACAUGGAGGUGGGCGAGUACCGACCCUUUCUGCACUCUCAAAAGGGGCCUCCGCUGCCCAACAGGCCUCCCAGUAGGCCUCCCAGCCAACCACUGGUGGACAAUGAGAUUUAUCAGACUGAGGGUCUGAGUGAGGAGGAAACUCAGUCCAAUCUGGGACAAAGACUGGAUCCAGAGGGAGGAAACAGUGAAUUUGAAAGUACUUCACCAACCUGAACUUGUUAGUUGUUCAUUCCCUGGUGUCUGUGUGAUAAUGUGCCUUAAAGAUUGUGAUAUGCUCCACGUGGACCACGCUUUAAAACCAAGGCCAAAAAACCUGAGUAGCAGGAGCCUUGUUUUUAUACUAGAUGAAGACAAGUUUCUGAACGUGCAGUACUACCUGCCAUCGACUACAUAUCACUGUGUGUUUUAGUGCUUUAUUGCUAUGAAUGAUUUUAUGUAUGUACUUUAUACAUAUUUAAAUAUUUGUACAGUAGAAAACGUUGUUAACCUUUAGAUUUUUAACCGUUCCACUGAAUAUAAAAGACUUCAGUGCUGUUGCAGUUCACUGAUGGUCAGUGAUGCAGCAGAUUACAGCAGUUAAUGUGCACAAAGUCUUUACUGUGUACUUUUACGGUAUCAUUACUUUUACUCCGAGAAGAGCAUCCUCCAAACAGCAGCUAUUAUUCCACUGUAAAUGUGCCAUACUGGGUUGGUAGCUAUAAUAAUAAUCCAAACUGUGACUUCAGACUUCAGUUUUUAUUCACACUGAUGGACUAAUCUGCUGUCUAAUCAGGUUGUCGUAUUUUCUGGUGAAAGACAUUUUUGUAAUGAAAUAAAAUGAAAUUUGAAAUAC